AGUUGAGAGAGUCGCGACAAAUGAAACAAUUUCUCAUUCGUACGGCGUUCGCAUUAAUAAAUCUCGAUAUCGAGGAAACAUGUGAUAUAGACAUGUAUAUGCAUAUCGCGCCGCAUACAUUAUUUAGGCUAAUGUAUCAAGUUCUGAUUUAAUGAAAUAACACAGUUUUCGUGCAUUACGUUAUACCCUUCCGAGAAUCUUGAUAUUCACAAUUGUAUUUCUCGGUAUGGUACGCGACGACGAUGCGGAUGCACUCGAAUUGCAUAUAAGAGUUAACAGACAAAAUCUAUCAGCAAUCCCGGAAAAAUGUAACACCGGCACGUUACGACUUCCUUCUGAUCCAUCUUGGCCUAAAAUACCUCUACGUCGUUUAACUGGCAACAACGAUGACGUUAUUAGACCUCCUUGUGUGGUCACUGUAACAGGAACUCCUAGAAGAAAUCGCAACACGGUACAAACCACCACGUGUCAAUAUCCCAAGUCAAGAAUAAGUAAUAAGUAUGAAACUUCCACGCAUGUGCCUGAAAGAUCGCCUAGUUGUGUCGAUCCGCGUUUUAAAAGGCAGGUAUCGCGACAUAAGCAGACUGGAAAACCAGAUGAAUUUUGCAAUGUAAAUCAAACGCGAGAGGAUAUAUCACAAGAACGCCAGAGCGAUGGUAUGAAGCGCGAAGAAGUUGCCAGCAAUAUCUGUACAAUGUCUAUAUCGACUAAUUCAAAGACAUUCAAGGAAUCUGAGAUUGGAAAAGUUACUCAACAGCACAACACAAAGAAUAUGCUUGAGAACAAGAACACUUCACAUUGUGACGAUGGAUGCGUCCCUAACUGGACGCGGAAUAAAGAGAACAUCAAUAAUAAUAAUAAUUUAAACAUUCAUAAGAUUUCGCUCGAUCAAAAUCGUUAUGGGAACUUGAAUACAAGAGGUAACGUGAGCGACGCGAGAAGUUACGAAAAUGCCUCAAAUUUAAAUGUCACUGGAAAGUUCGGAAACGCGCAAGGACACAAAGACGAUUCAAGAAGUAAUCAUACGUUGCAGCAUUGUUCGCAUUCCGCAUUAUCCACAUUCGAGCGAAAAGUAUCGAGUGAGAAAGUCGGAACACCGGAGAGUCGUUCGCGUUGUUCGUGCGUAAAGGCGAACGUAUUAAGUGACAAAGCGUUGCAAGAAGAUAUGCAAGUUACAGGCGAGGAACGUCAGAAGAGUUGCGAAAGCAAGGCGAAAUCACGGCACAGGGAGGUGUGUUACAACUCGCGACGUAAAACGGCAAAUCCGAUAAAUCUGUCGCGAAAAGCCAAGUCGUUCUUUCGGAGAAGAUCUCGUUUGGCGACUACGGACUCCGACUGCACUCUGAUGUUGCCCGGCCCUCGUCGCAUUAAAAGCAAACAAUACCGGUACGAAAGAACUCGCGAUCGUUUAAAGAUAAGUCAGUUGUCGCGUCGAAGAAAUUGGAUGAACUGUAUGAAUCCGAUACGAAAGAAAUCCUAUACGUCGAAGCGAAGUCGAGUGAACCGAAGUCGUUUGUUGACGAAUCUACGCGCGGACAAUCCGUUCGAGCAGCCAUUGUUCAUCCCUUUGGAAACUCAAGAGCUCUUGAACAAAAGUUACUGGGAGUAUUAUAGGAAACUCAGGAAAAUCGCGUUGACUGUGCCGGAUACCGUGCGAGAAGAGGAUAAACGUUCCAGUGAGUCUCGAAGUCGCGUGAAUCUGCCUGUAUCCCGAACGUUGCAACAAUGUUCUGUGCUCUCUUGCAUGAUUAACAACACGCUAAUUUAUUACCUCUCUGCUAGAGAUACAUCUGAGAAAGUAUUUCAAAAUCCAGCGACUGCUGUCGAGAGAUCGUUGUCGGAUCCGACCGCAAAUGGAUCGAAAACGCGCGAGAACGUCUGCGAAGCUUUCGGCUUAUCAUCGACGCGUGUGAAGAGGAUUAAACGAAAGAGGACUAAUCAUGCGAGCAAACGAUUGUUCGGUCUCAAAGCUAUAGUGUUUCUCGUUGUCAUGGUGUACGUUGCGAUCAUAUUCUUGCCUAUGAUGUACGACUACUUGAUGCUCGACGAGGAACACGACGAUUACGAGGACGUGAAUUACGUCGCAUUGACUCUUGAAUAUAUCGCCUCGUCGUUCGAAGAAGCCUUCGAUGAGAUAGUCGACGUUGUGAAUACCAUUUUCCUGCGUUCAGUACGCUUCAAUCGAGAGUUGUAAUUUCUGACUCGCUUAUGAAUUCGAUAAAUUCGUUAUUAGAUCGUACUACACUCGCAAAAAUAACGUUCUACAGCUUUGUAUGAUUUUCAGCGUUCGUGUGGAAAAUAUAACGACGUUGCGUGAAUUCACGUUUAACGCGACGCAUUUUAUAUAUUUCGCGUUGUUUCGCUUCAAUGUUUCGUGCAACCAUCACAAGCCGAUUGCAUAUUCCUUUAUUUAUAUAUUCUAAUUUUUGUGAUUUAUGUAUCUUCUCUACACCGAGUUCUUUAUACCUUCUAAUGGUACUUCUUACAAGCGCAUACAAUUGUAUACACGACUAUAUAUUUGCGAUUAAACUUUGGAUGAUUGUCGUUAACUUUCGACAUUGUGUCACUUUUUGAAUAAA